UCCUCAUCCCCGCCUUCGUCCCCGCCUCCAUCCGCCCCGAGGAGAAUUCCCAAAACAGAGACAGAGCCCGGCUCGGGACAGGCUCCUCUCGGACAAAGGCAGACCAAAGAUAGAGGAAUUCUCCCUGCUGGAAUCUGGGGCUCCCUCCCCAGAGCUCUGCUCCAGCCCUGCAGGGGCCCCUUUGGAGACUUCAUGGGAACUGCAGGAAUCCAUGGAUUUGUGCGCCCUGGAGGUUUGGGCAAAGGGAGGAUGAGAUCAGGUUGUUGUUUGCGUGAUGUCGAAUUCAGCCUUUUUUGGGAGGGGUUCUCUCCUGCUGGAGCCGUGCUGGAAUUCUCUGCUUCCCCCCUGGGGCCGGUGUCACCUGCAGUGUCCCCUGCUGUCCCCUCGCUGCCUGCGCCGCCCCAACAGGCGGGGACGAUUCCAGCUGGGCUCUGGGACAGACAGACUCGCUCCUUUGCCAAACCUUGUGAGAUUCUGCCGGUUUUGGGGCUGCCGAGAGCCCCUUUUUGGGAGAUGUGUGCUGUGGGUGGCACGGGGAGGUGGCAGUGGCAGUGCCACCCUUCCCCAGCCCGGCCUGGAGGUGACAAUUGCCACCGGAGCGGGAGCUCAAGGCUUCACUUUUCACUGUAGGGACACGAAAUUGCACAAAGUCCCGCCCAAAAUCCUGCCCAAAAUCCACCAAAUCCUGCCCAAAAUCCACCAAACCCUGCCCAAAAUCCUGCCCUGCCCCAUCCCCUCCACACCAGUUGGGCCCAGUUUGGAUCCUGCUGGUGCUGGGAGAAGUUCCCAGCCUGGAUCCUCAUCCCGAGGGGCAGCAGGAGCCCAAAUCCCACAAAUCCCCCAAAUCCCCUGGGAGGAUUCGGGAUUGCAGCAGCAGCAGGAAGGUGGGAAAUGGGGAAUUUCUCAGGUGGGAAAUGGGGAAUUUUCCUGGCUGGAAAUGGGGAAUUUUCCUGGUUUGGAAAUGGGGAAUUUUCCUGGUUUGGAAAUGGGGAAUUUUCCUGGCUGGAAGUGGAGGAUUUUCUGGUGGAAAAUGGGGAAUUUUCUGGUUGGAAACAGGGAGUUUUCCUGGUGGGAAAUGAGGAAUUUUCCUGGUUGGAAAUGGGGAAUGUCCCUGGUGGGAAAUGGGAAUUUCCCUGCUUGGAAAUUUCCCUGGUGGGAAAUGAGGAAUUUCCGUGGUGGGAAAUGAGGAAUUCUCUUGGUUGGAAUUGUGGAUUUCCCUGGUAGGGAAACUGGGAAUUUUCCAGGUAGAAAAUGGGGAAUUUUCCUGGUUUAAAAUGGGAAUCUUCCUGCUGGGAAAUGGGGAAUUUCCAUGGUUGGAAAUGGGGAAUUUUCCUGGUUGUAAAUGGGGAAUUUCCCUGGUGGGAAAUGGGGAUUUUCCUGGUAGGAAAUGGGGAUUUUCCUGCUGGGAAACGGGGAACUUUCCUCAUUGGAAAUGGGAAAUUUCCCUGGUGGGAAAUGAGGGAAAUUCCCGUGGUGGGAAAUGAGAAUUUCCGUGGUAGAAAAAUGGGGAAUUUUCCUGGUUGGAAAAGGGGAAUUUUCCAGGUGUGAAAUGAGGAAUUUCUGUGCUUUUCCCAAAAAAACCUGGGGAAUUGUUUCCCCUCUCUUUUCCCAACGCGGGGCUGGUUUGGGUUUAACCCUUGAGGGGAGGCUGAGCUGCCACCCCCGGGGAGGGGACGGUGCCACCUCCUCCUGUCCCCUCUGUCCCCUGGGGAGCUUUUCCAGCAUUCCCAGCGCUGGGAAUUCCGUGUCCCACCCUGUGGGGUGUCCCUGUGGUGUCCCCAGCCCUUGCUUGGACCUUUGGGCAAAUGGAAUUUGUGGGGCUGGAAUGGAGCUGGAACCAGCACUGCACACGAGGCCCUGGCAGAUCCCUGCUGGUUUCUGUUGUACAGAAGAAUUCCAAUUAUUCCAAUUAUUCCCGUGAUUUUUUUUUUGUUUGG